GUCUGCACGAGGGUUCAGUGUCCACACCACGGUUGACUCACACUGCACAGCAGUCAGGGCGGUGCCUGACUAUAAAAUCUCUGCUGCACUUCUUCCCGACCUCUGAACAUUCCACCUCUCCUCUGCAGACCACCUCCCAGCCCUGCACGUCUAAACACACCUCAGAAACCAUGCCUUCAGAACUGGAGACAGCCAUGGAGUCACUUAUCAAGGUGUUCCACCGGUACGCCUCUAAGGACAGUCGGAGCGGCACACUCAGCCGGCGAGAGCUUAGAGAGUUGAUGGAGAACGAGCUGUCUAACUUCCUCAAGUCUCAGAAGGACCCUGCCGCUGUAGACAAAAUCAUGAAGGACUUGGACACCAACGGUGAUGGCCAGGUGGACUUUGAGGAGUUUGUUUCUCUGGUUGUUGGACUUUCCAUUGCCUGUGAGCAGUGCUAUCAGAUGCACAUGAAGAAGAUGGGGAAGAAGUAAAUGACAAAAGAGAAGAGAAAAACCAAAAAGCAUUUUAAGUUUUGUAAAGUUUGUUCAUCAAAUACAGUGAAAAAUUUCAAA